AUGCUCAGGUUUGGCCACUGCAUUGUCCUUACCCGCGUUGGUGGCUUCUAUGAGCUAUUUUUCGACCAUGCUGAAACUUACGGACCUCUUAUGAACUUGAAAGUUUCAAAACGGAAAGGCAGCACUGUGCCCAUGGCUGGAUUUCCUGCCCAUCAACUCGAGCGCUUUCUCAAGAUUUUGGUACAAGAUUUGAACAAGUCUGUCGCCGUCAGCGAAGAAAUCCCCAAUGAUGCUUCGAAAAAAGUCAAAUCUGGAGAGCUCAAGUUUGACCGCAAAGUUACUCGCAUCAUCACACCCGGAACGUUGAUUGAUGAGAGUUUCAUGGACCCCUGGAAGAACAAUUACCUACUCAGCAUUCAUGUUGACCAUGAAGCCCUCAAGUCUCUCGAUCCUGUCCAAGAUACGCCUGGUAUGGACAAAGUACCCUCAGUACUGAAUCUGCCUCGAACAGAAGUGGGUCUGGCAUGGGUUGACCUUUCAAGCGGGGACUUCCUUACGCAAAGUACGGAUGUUGCCUCUCUACCAUCGGCUGUUGCGCGAAUCGGACCGCGUGAAAUCAUUCUGGACAGCAGCUUCAAAGACCAACGGGAAUCACGCAUUGUUUCCAUGCUUCAAGAGGAUGGUUAUGUCAUCACUUAUCAAGAGCCUCUAGGGCAAAAGCUCGCGCUUGCAGACUGGAUUCCGAUGCUCGAAGAUGUGAUAGAGGACUUUGAUACGACGAAUUUCAGCCCGGCAGAAGUGGCUGCUGGUGGAUCUCUCCUACAUUAUGUUAAUACGCAGCUACAAGGCUCGAAGGCGAGGUUGCAAGCUCCAAUCAGCCACCAGCCUGAGAAUUUCAUGAGUAUCGACAGGAAUAGCUUGAGAGCUUUGGAGAUUCGAACGACGAUGAGAGAUGGACGACAGGAAGGCAGCUUGCUUCACACACUUAGGAAGACUGUGACGAAAAGCGGCACUCGCCUUCUGAUCGAACGACUUACUGAGCCUUCGAUGUCUUUACCUGUCAUCAAUGAUCGACUAGAUCUAGUCGAAGAGAUGCUAGAAUACCCACAACUCCAGCAAGAUCUCGUCAUCCAACUCCGCCGUACUUUCGACACUCUCAGGCUGGUUCAAAAGUUCUCGUUCGGCCGAGGUGAUGCAGAUGACCUUGUUGAGCUAUCAAAAACGAUUUUUAGGACUACGGACAUCGCUAAUCUGGUGGCGGAGCAUUCGUCAUCCCGUAACGCUAUAUCAUUGGACGCUGAAGCAACCGAAGCUGAUACACGCCGCCGAGGAUGUCUUUCUUCGCUGUCUAACCGGUUUGAUCUGGUGUCUCCAAUGAAGCUUGCAUCCCGGAUCUUGGAAGCUAUCGACGAAGACGGGUUGUCCGAGCGACACAGGCUUGAAGAUGACGAAAAGAGCGCAAUAGCUGAGAUGGCUCAAGACGUGCUCGGCCAAGAAGCCGGAGAGGAAGACUUGAAGCAAAUGCCGAAGAAAAUCCGACCAAAAUCUAAUGCCAUAGCACCUAGCUUCAAAAGCGCAACUGACGGUAGAGAUGACAUCUGGAUCAUGAGACGAAGCGCUAGUAAAAACCUGACCAAGUUACAUGACGCUCUAGAUCAUCUCACUGGACAAAAGACAGAGCUUGAGUCCAACCUCAAGAAGAGGCUAGGUGCCGAAAGUCUAACGCUGAAAUGGACCCCAAACCUCGGCCAUAUUUGUCAUGUCAAGGGGAAGGAUGUCGCACGUGCCGCGACUCAACUCACGAAGAGUGUCAGCAGCACCAAAUCAACACGAUCGUUCCACCUUCUCGAAUGGACGCACUUAGGAACGCAACUUGACGAGACAAGGUUUCGGAUUCGAUCAGAGGAGACUAGGGCACUAGGAGACCUUCGCGCGGAGGUGGUUCAGAACCUCGUGAAGUUGAGACGAAACGCUGCAGUGCUGGACGAGCUUGAUGUCGCUUGCUCUUUUGCAGUGCUGGCUCUGGAGAAGAGUCUCGUUCGACCCAUUUUGAAUUCGGGUACGACACAUAAUAUAGUUGGUGGAAGGCAUCCAGUUGUUGAGGCUGGCCUUGGAGACCAAGGUCGUAAUUUUACCUCCAACGACUGUGCAGUAGGAGAAGAUGAACGUAUUUGGCUGAUCACAGGGCCCAACAUGGCCGGUAAAAGUACAUUCCUUCGCCAGAAUGCCCUCAUAUCGAUCUUGGCCCAGACGGGAUCCUUUGUCCCCGCGGAGUAUGCAGAAAUUGGAUUGGUGGACAAGGUGUUCAGCAGAGUUGGCUCCGCAGACAACCUCUAUCAAGACCAGUCAACCUUUAUGGUGGAGAUGCUUGAGACUGCUCAAAUUCUCAAGCAGGCUACACCACGGUCCUUCGUCAUCAUGGACGAGGUCGGUCGCGGCACCACUCCUGAAGACGGCGUAGCAGUUGGCUACGCCUGUCUACAUCAUCUUCACAACGUGAAUCAGUGCCGUGCGUUAUUCGCGACCCAUUUCCAUGCGCUCGCCGAUAUGACUAAGGAUUUCGAGUCGCUUGGUUGCUACAGCACGGACGUUGCCGAGGAACCUGAUGGGACUUUCUCAUAUGUUCACAGACUUCGGAAAGGCGUCAACAGGCGGUCUCAUGCCUUGAAAGUAGCAAGGGUAGCCGGACUCCCGGAAGAGGCAAUUGAGAUCGCCGCCAGAGUGUUAUCCCAAUCGAUGCCGGCUCAUCCUUCCACGACACGCUAG